UUUUAUAUUUUUCAUCAAUUACAAUGAAAGUCUGACCCCUUCAAGCCCAUUUUCAUUUAGGGUGUUUCUUAUGUCUCCUAUUUCUAACAUUUGGGAUUUGAUUUUCAUUAAUUUUAGGCUUUGUUUGAGAUCUUGAGAGGUGCCUAAUCCUUUAAUAAGAUUUUUUAAUUUUUUGGAGUUUUGUUUCAAAUUGCUAUUAUGACCAUAGCUGCAAUUCUGCAUUGAAAGCUCUUCAAGUCUAGUUUUGUCUAAUGCAAAUGAAAAGUCAGGGACUUUAGUAACAGAAAUAUCGCACCAUGCAAAAAAGACUUUUCUCACAUGUCUCACAGAAGAAAUGAUUCUUUUGAAUUCUCUGUCAUUAAUGGUAAAGCUCCUGAAUGAAAUCUUCUGUUGAACUUUUGGAACAAUUUUGAUCAAUUCUGCAAAAUAUCCUCUAAUUGGCUUCAAAAUAAAUCCUUGAUCAAUAACCAGAUGCUCAACUGAUCGAGGAAAAUUGGUUGUUACAAAACUAGCAGUUGUCUUAUUUCUUGGGGGAAAGCGGUGGAGAGUGAACUGGUUUAAUUCUGGCAUUGCAGUAUAUUUCAUUUUCUUUAUAAAUUUAUUUUCACUUGGUAUAAUUAGAUUUAUUAUAAAAGAUGCUGGAUUGCUCGGGAAUCUUAAGAAAUGAUAAGUAUCUCUUCAGACUAAUUUAAAUAUUUUUUUGUCAAAUUGCUUUUCUUUUCUAGAUAUUGUUAUUU